AUGGACACAGGGAGGACUGUUGUUGCGAGAAUACCAACUUCAGUCGCGGGACCGUCGCGGCUGACGACUAACUCAGAGGUUGCAACCAUCAGCUAUUUAAAAUCGAAGCUUUCACUUCCCAUCCCCAAGAUCUUAGCAUGGAGCGACGACCCAAAUAAUCCCGCUGGAAUUGAGUACAUUAUCCAGGAACAUGUUGAUGGGGCUCAGCUGCACGGGCAGUGGCCCCAGAUGACGUCCUCAGAGCAUAUGCAUUGUACAAAGGACCUAUCCUUUAAACUUCGAGAUAUGGCAACUUUGGAAUUCCCAGCGUAUGGCAAUAUAUAUUUUGCUGAUGCGCCGAUUGAUGCCACUUCCAAAAUACCUCUAGAGGAUGGCUUCUGCAUUGGUCCAUAUUGCAACCCACUUUUUUGGAACUGUGGGGCUGGUGAUAUGGAAAUGUAUGAUGAACGCAUUCAAAAAGCUGGAUUGCCGACUCUCAUACAUGCAGAUUACAACAAGCGAAACAUAUACGUGUCCCCUAAAGAUACAACCCAGAUUACUGGCCUGAUUGACUGGCAACUGACAUGCAUCGAGCCGGCCUUCAUAUAUGCUCACUCUACGCCUGACUUUGCCGCCCUCCCAGAUAUCAAUCCUGCUGAAGAGAACGACCAACCAAACUCUGCCGACGAACAGUGGUUAUUGAAAGAUCUUGCAAUCUGCCACCAGACAUAUGACGUGAUCAUGACAUACAAAACUCCAAAGUUGCGACCUGCCAGAGAACUCGACUCGUCCCUGUUUAGGCUUUUUCAUUACUGCUUCACAACAUGGCGAGAUGGCAUUCCAGCUAUUCGCCAGGAACUCAUGGAUCUCAAAGGCAUCUGGGCCGAUCUUCAGCUCCCAGGGGAUUUUCCGUAUUCACCAGAUGAAAAAGAAAUUGCAGAGCAUGCUCAACAGUAUGAAGAUUUUGAAACCAAGCAGAAGCUAAAAGCAUGGCUCAAGAUUCAAAUGCAAACGACAUCUGAUGGCUGGGUCCCCAAUGAAGUAUGGGAAGCUGCCAAAGAAGCAAACAAGGCAGCAUAUGAUGAGUGGAUUGAAUCAGCUUGCAGCGAGGGAAUGACCGUAGAAGAAGCGGAUAAGCUUUGGCCUUUUGAUUCCCGGUAG